GUUUUUAUUACUUUUGGUCGAGCCUCGAGUUUGAGCAGCUUCGAUUGAGUUCAGCAGCUGUUCUGCGGCACAAUGCGGAACGGGCUGGGGACCACCUUGGCCCACAAGAAGGGCCCGGUGGGCUUUGCCAGACUGGGCGGCUCCUUCGUCGCGGGCCUCGAAUCCUUCUUCUACUGGUUGGGUUGUUCUAUCGGCAAGCGGCCCUUUUUCGUGACCGUCGGGUGUCUGCUGAUCGGAAGCCUGUUCGCCAUGGGCCUGUCUAACUUCACCAAGGAGAACCGGCCAGAGAAGUUGUGGAUUCCGUCCGACUCGCAGUUCGUCAGGGAUUCCGAGUGGAUGAGGAGCAAUUUUCCCAACAACGUUCGCCCGCAGUUUGCCAUUUUUGAAGCCAAAGAGAGCAACAUUCUCUCCAGCCAAAGCUUAUUAGAGAUUUUAUCAGUAAUUGAGGAAGUGGCCGCCAUUCAGUCCGAAGAUACAACGUGGGAUAAAAUUUGCCUCAAAAUUCCCGUUGUCAACCUGGGUCAGGGUGGAGCCGCGAGGCGCAGGAGAGAAGCCACGGAAGCGCCAGAAUAUGACGAUUUUUUCGGCAGCGACUUUGACGACGCUUUUAACGAGGAUCUUUUCAAAAAAGACGACUUUGGAAAAUCGUCGUUUUUGACCAAUUUCGACCCAAGUGUCCACCUUGACCGGGACACGUACUGCUCAUUCUUAGACCGCAUGCAGGAAACAUGUUGGUUGAGCUCUUUAUUGGAAAUCUGGUCUUACGACCGAGCCAAAAUCGCCACUUUGUCUUCUGAAGAAAUCUCAAGCGCGAUUAACGGAACCGAAGUGAGUCCUGUCUUUGGAACGCCCAGAGAUUUCUCCAAAUCGCUCGGCGGAAUUAAAUUCGGCAACAACGGAACCAUCAUCAGCGCUAAAACCAUUUUGGUCUCUUGGUUCGUGGAGAGCGACCCGUCAAAAUCGUUGCAGGGCAAGAUCACCAACGACGCCGGAACUGGAGACCAAGUGGCCAAAGAUAUUUUGGAAUGGGAAGCGGAGUUAAUCAAAGUGUUGGAAAAGGAGAGAAAUGGGACGAUUACAACGUUUACUUUUGCUGGAAGAAGCUUUGGAGAUAUUAGUGGAAAAACCAUUCAGAAUGAUGCUCAAAAACUAUCCGUUGGAUUUAUAAUAAUGUUCCUAUAUGUUCAGUUGAUGCUUGGGAGAUUCAAUCUCGUUGAACAAAGAGCUCUCUUAUCGUUGAUUGGAAUUGCGAGUGUUGCGAUCGGUUGUGUCGUUUCAUAUGGGGUGUGUUCGGCCUUUUCCAUUCCUUACGGCCCCGUGCACAACAUCCUACCCUUCCUGAUGCUGGGAAUCGGCAUCGACGACAUGUUCGUGAUUGCCCAGUGUUGGGCCACCCUGGGGCCUGAGACGCAAACCCUGAGCCUCCCUGAGCGACUGGGUCUGACCCUGAAACACGCCGGCGUCUCCAUAACAAUCACAUCGCUCACCGACUUCACCGCUUUUGCCAUCGGAGCCACAACGGUCCUGCCCUCGCUCAGAUCGUUUUGCAUUUACGCCGCCGUGGGAAUUUUGGCCACCUAUAUUCUGCAGGCCACCUUUUUCACAGCCUGGUUUUCAUUGGACCUGCGGAGGAUUGAGUCGAACAGGGACGGCUGCUUUUUCUGCAUCCAGUACAAAAACUACAAGCCCAACGACUGCAGCAAAAAGGAUUUCUUCAAAAGCGCCUUCGACAAAAUUCUCGGCUCAAUCCUCUUCAAAACACCAGUAAAGAUUUUGGUCCUUUUGAGCACAGGAGUUUUGCUCAUUGUCGGCUCUUGGGGUCUUUCGCUGCUGCGCCAAGAAUUUGACCCCGUGUGGUUUUUGACACAAAGCUCGUACCUGUUCAAGUAUUUUGACAAGUCCAAGCAGUACUACCCUGGUGACGGAGAGCCGGGCAAUAUUUUCCUCAGCGGUUUCAAUCAUUCCGAGCACUUGGACUCGAUAGCCAAUUUGAUUCAGAGGCUGCAGGAGCAAAAGGACAUUAUCAAGGAGGUCGACGCGUGGUACCCUCCCUUUCAGACUUACAGCAAUGUGCAUUUCAACACAAGUUUACCUGUUGAAAAGCUGGAUGAUGCGAGAUUUAAAGAUAUUUUGGGCAAAUUUCUGUUCAGUCCAAGCGGUUCUAAAUACAGAAGAAAAUUCAUGUUUUUCGGAACGCCGAGAUGUAGGAAACCUGCUCCUCCAGUCAAAAUUUCCAGCUUUGACUUCAAAUUCAGGAAGUUCAAAGGCUCAUUUGAGCACGUGCCUGCUAUGAACAGACUUAAGAAAAUUAUUUCCGAGGCCGAUUUUGGAAAGGGCGCCGAGGUCAAAGUCUGGGCCAGGGCUUUUGCCGGCUGGGAAACAGACGAAGUCAUUGCGGAAGAGUUGCUGCGAAACCUCUCCUGUGCCAUGGUGUGCGUUUUCUUCACCACCCUCCUCCUCAUCGUGGACAUAAAAGCUUGCCUUUUAGUUCUGCUCUGCGUGGUGCUCACUUUGAUCGAUGUGAGUGGAAUGAUGCACUUUUGGGGACUGACAGUGGACGUCGUCUCGUGCAUCGAUCUAGUCCUGGCCAUCGGCCUCUGCGUCGACUACGCCGCCCACAUUGGCCACUCAUUCAUGACCUUUGCUGGGUCGAGGCAGGAAAGGGCCAUCAAGACGGUCAAGCAAAUCGGACCUGCUGUUUUUAACGGCGGUUUCAGCACGUUUUUGGCGUUUAUCUUGCUCGCUGACUCUGACUCCCACGUUUUUUCAACUUACUUCAAGAUUUUCUUCUUGGUCGUGGUGUUUGGCCUUUUCCACGGCCUGGUGUUCCUGCCUGUAGUUUUGAGCUUGGUCGGUCCAGCACCGUACGCGCAGGUGGAAGAAGCGUCGUCGCCUCAAAAGCUGCCCAUGAAUGUGGUCGCCGCUUCUUCGGAUUCGGACGAGCCACCGAAGCAAACAGAACUAUCUCCUGUGAUAACGCAGUGCUAAUUUCCAAGGAUGUGACAUUCAGUAUUUAAUGCAUGAUCUCAUAGUACAUCCUGCCUUUGAGGAUGUUUUUACUCAGAUUAUGAAACUGCCACAAGAUAUAAUAUUAUUGUGCGUGUUGCUUCAAAAGACAAUUUGGUUUCCUUCUUGUGUAUAUUCUGCAAUUUAUAAAUAAUAAUAACUUGUGACCGCAUUUGCAAAUGAAUCUCUAGAAUUUUGAUGAUGCAUCUGUAUAU